AUGGUUGGAGUAGCUGGUAGGAGUAAAGGCUGCAAUACGUGUCGUAAGAGGAGAGUCAAGUGCGAUGAGGCAAAACCCCAAUGCUACCGCUGCAUCAAGGCAGGUUUCGAAUGUCUAGGCUAUCAGAGAGCUACGCAAUGGCGACACACUUCUCUAGCUCCGGUUCCUGCAUCUCGGUUGCAUAUGCCCGAGUUCGUAGGCGUUGUGCAGCCGGUGCCUGUAAGUUUCGCGCCGGUGCCGGAACUUAGUCUAGAUGCCUUCGAAAGAGAUAUGUGUACUGCUCACAUGUUUGGAAACUUCGUGUGGAGGUCAUAUGGAACUAUUUGGCUCAGCCAAGCAUCCGAGGGUAAACUCGGUGGCCUCUCUCUUGAUGCUGUGACGGCCCUUUCUCAGUUGAGCUUCGGUUUAAAUAAUAGGAUACAAGAACUUCAGCUCAAGGGAGCGGCUCAAUACGGAAGAUGUCUGAGGAUCCUAGCAGAAGAGCUUCGCAGAGAUAGCGCUGCAGGCUACGACAACCGAAGGCUAGUGGUACCUAUACUCGUCCUGAUGAUGGUUUCGGCGAUUCAAACAGAUAGAACUGCUGCGUUCUUUCAUCUCAAAGCGAUUGAGAAAGUAUUAAUGCUGUGCGGCCCAAGUGCUUUUCAGCAGCAGCCCUUAAGGAAUGCAUUCGAAGCUGCCAGGGCCACGCUAUUAACUGCCUCGCUAUUUUCCAGGCGAAGAAUAUUCCUCGAAGAUCCGUGCUGGCAAGACAUACCAUACGCAUUAGACCCUUACGCAAAGCCCCAGCAGUCACGUCUCCUUGACAUCUUAGUCGCCAUACCAGGCUUGCUAGAAGAGAAUGCCCACUUUGACAGCAUGAGUUAUUGUCCAGAGGACAACUCCACAACCCCUUCUCUCAUCUCAGACAAGCGUUUGAGUUGCCAGGAGAAUUUAUGCGAAUGUAUCGCUGUUCAACUAGAGAAACUUUUCCGCUGGCGCUGGAACUGGCAACGCGAACAUGGUCAAUACGUCUCGGUAGACAAAUGCGCGUGGCAAUCAAAUACCCCUUCUCCCACAAACUCGGAAUUCAGUGGCAGUCCGAAAGAACUUGGUCGCCUGCGGUUCGAUCGCUCUGCGCACGCCAAUGAUAUCAUGCUCUAUAAUUCUGCUCUGAUGUGGUUGAUGACUCUCCUAUGGAAAGUCAGCCCGUUACAGGCGAAAUCCAUUAUACAAGGAUGCGCACGACAUGCUGCUACCUCGUCAGCUCUGUCGCCAAAAUCACCAGCGUUAUCACAUAACAUAUCGUUCGAGCCGUUAAAUCAGCCCGGCGCCGCGUUUUCCAUCCGAGACCCCGCCAUCGAAAUUUGUCGCGUUUUUGAUUGGCAAUGCCGACACCAUGAGCAAUGUAGCGCUCUCGAUGACCAAGCUUGCCUAUAUUUAUUUCCUCUAGGAAUGGCCCGAAGCGUCUUGGAUGCCGAGCCGCGCUAUCAGAAGUGGAUAGAUGACAUGCUGGAUUCAAGCCCCGUUACCGCAGGCUAUGGUAGACAUGGCGGGAGCGUAGUUGGCUUUAGCUCGUAUAUCACAAGAUGCGCUCUCAAUCCCGACAUCCGAUGCUGA